CAUCAUAUCCUAGAAGGAUCUCAUCAUGGGUAUCAAGGGUUUGGCCAACUUUAUAGGUGAUCAUGGAGAGAUUUUAACAAAUUAUAAUUUCAGAAACAGCAAGGUGGUCAUAGAUGGUUGUAAUAUCUACCACUCUCUUUAUUUGACCUCAUGUGAUCAGCAGCAUGGAGGGGAUUAUGAUGUAUUUGAGGACCAGGUCUGCAAGUUCUUUAAGGCGCUGAGAGAUUGUAGCAUUGACCCUUAUGUGAUUAUAGACGGAGGCUCCGACCCCACCGACAAAAAGUUUGAAACUGUCAGAAAACGAGCUGAAUCAAAGAUCGACACAGCCAACAUGUUGUCCAAGGGGCUUCGAGGGGCCAGGUUAAUACCAACCAGUGCCAGACAAGUCUUUAAACAGGUUCUCUCCAGCUUAGGGGUCCCGUUCGCACAGGCCCUUUCUGAGGCAGACCAAGAAAUAGCCUCACUGGCUCAAAAGUGGAAGUGUCCGGUCCUGUCCAAUGACAAUGACUUUUAUAUUUUUGACAUCCAGGCUGGAUAUCUGCCUUUCUACCAUUUUCAGUGGCAGAACGCGUCAGUGCAACGCUGGAGUUCUCAAAAUGACAUCCCCUGCAAGCGGUACACCACAACAAGCUUCUGCAGACACUUCAACAUCAACAGACAGCUUCUCCCAGUCUUCGCUGCCAUCACAGGAAACGACUAUGUCAACUUGUAUAAGAUGGGCUUUCCCAUCAGGUGGAAAGACAACUCGCCGAUGGAACCCAAACGAAAGCCAACUUAUACCUGCCCAUACCAACCAACUCAACCAGUUUGGGAUCCAGAUCCAGAGAACAAACAACCCAACCCGUUUUUACCAAUUGUGUGCAGCAGCUUGUCUGUUAAGAGGUUUCAUUUCCAAGGUAGACGGAAUAGAAAACGUUUUAUAUAAUACAUUCCUCCUCCUUUUUUAGGAACCAUUCUCUCUUUGUGUUGUCUGACCAUGAAUUUAAACAUUUCUAUUCUGGUUAGAGCCAGUUUG